GCACUAACACACACAUACGCAACACGUCCAUAGUUUCGCGUUUCACCGCGCCGAGAGUGUUGCAGCGUUCGCAAGCAAAGGAAAAAGGCGAAAUUACACCCGGAACAGCAGCAAAAUUGACAUCCAAUACCGGACAAAUCAGCCAGAACCAGUAAUAGUUCCGGAUUUGUUCCUAUUAAAAAGACUGCUCUUUGCGAAGAUAACUUAUUUCAUAGACACGAGAUCCCCUUUAGAUCGAAACCUUUUCUUUUUAAGCAGGAAAUAGACUACAAUGUCCGGAAUAGCGAUUGCGCGUCUUGGCGAGGAAAGGAAAGCAUGGCGUAAAGAUCAUCCCUUUGGGUUUGUGGCACGCCCGGUUAAAAACGCUGACGGAACACUGAAUCUUAUGACGUGGGAGUGCGCAAUUCCCGGAAAGAAAGGAACCCCAUGGGAGGGAGGUCUGUACAAGCUGCGAAUGAUCUUCAAGGACGACUACCCGACCAGUCCACCGAAGUGCAAGUUCGAACCGCCGCUGUUCCACCCGAACGUGUAUCCCUCCGGGACCGUGUGUCUUUCGCUGCUGGACGAGGAAAAGGACUGGCGUCCGGCAAUUACGAUCAAGCAAAUUUUGCUUGGUAUCCAGGAUUUGUUGAACGAACCGAACAUCAAGGAUCCGGCGCAGGCUGAAGCGUACACUAUCUACUGUCAAAAUCGUCUCGAGUAUGAGAAACGUGUCCGGGCUCAGGCUAGAGCUAUGGCAGCCGCUGAGUGAACAGUACCCAACGUAGGAACGUUUACGGAUGUGAAAUCGACAGUAAAGUAACACUAUCUCUUAACCACGCAAAUCGGAUUAUUCAGAAAGGCUGAGCGGAUGAUAGUAGAAAGUGGAGGAAAGAAAACAAAAUUAAACAAGAUAAAGAGAGCGGAAACUGAUGUGUCCUAAUUUAAGCGAAUACAACCAUUACAACAUAAUAUGAUAAUCUUUCCACUUUUCAACACAAAAAGAGCAGAUCAAGUUUUGCGAGCCUAGUUUUAAGCCAUUUUUAUUUAAAUUCGGAAAACGAAAUGAUCAGGGUCAAUAAACCGGAAGCUAAAUCUA